AUGAGUCUGGCCGAUUUGGAAGAAUGGCAAAGACUGCUGUCGCUGGCUACCAGGCCCUCCGUUAAGACUCAGAUACAGCUAUUCAUCUCAAACCUGGAAUCCACAGUAGUGGCGAGCAAUGGCGUCAAUAGUAAAGCAAACGUUGUUUACAACACGAUAAGUUCAUUCUCCUGGGAUCAGACACCCAAUUUUGUAACAGUUCUCAUCCCCUUUGCUGAGGAGCUCAAGGACGUUGUGGUAGAUGUCGAUACAGAAUCUUUGGACGUUAAGUUUUGUUCUGGAUCGAAGCACUACCAGUUCAAGGUAAAGAAGCUGUACUCUACGGUCAAGAAGGAAGGUGUUAGCUGGAAGCAGAAGAGCGGCUAUCUACAGGUGAAGCUUGAGAAGGAUAAGCAAGUUAACUGGGCUAGCCUGUCUUCGGCCUCCGACAAGGAUAAAAAGCCGAUUCUCCCCAAGAGUGACGACUCAAAUCCCCAGGCCAUGCUAAUGGACAUGAUGAAGAACCUCUACAACGAGGGCGAUGAUGAGAUGAAGAGGACUAUUGCUAAGGCCUGGGUACGCGCAUACGAGUUAAUUUAUUACAUUAGACUGAGGCUAUGGACAAGAGGGUUGAUCCUAUGGUUUAAAGGCUUCGAUGAGUUUCUGCGUCAUUUCUUGCAUCCGUUUAUUAUCUGCACACCAUGA